AUGGCAGAACCGCAUGGAGGUUGGAACACGGACUGGAACCAACGAGCCGAGAGUGAUUUCCUGACAGCCAUCUGCCUCUACGGUAACCUAAGGCCCACGGCCACUAGGCCAUGGGGGGUCAUGAACCAAUGGCCGGUCGUCACGGGCGAGAUGAGGCGGCGCGGCCACGACUUUUCGAGAGACAGCAUGGUUCGGCGGUGGCGAGAUCUAAGAGAGCAAUUGGAGAACCGGCCCCCGCUUCCAACCGAGAGACCUGACAUGUCGAUUGAAGAGCUAAUCGCGUCACGCUGGAGGCUGAAUAUCCCAGGUGUGACAGAUGAUUUGGAACCACCUCCACCUCCAGUACCAUUUCACCAGAAUCCAGCAGACUACCGCGACAAACCACCAACAAGACAUACAAUCCCAUCCUCAAGGACUUAUAUGAGAAAAAGACGUCUCCAAAGAGAUUAUGAAGAUAUCGUCGGCGAAGACGAUGAUGGUGAAGACCUGCACAGCGUGGCGCCAGGGGGUGCCGGCAACCCAGUAGCCGGUCCCGGCGCGGCCGUCCCACCCCCGGAGCCAUCGCCGUUGGACAACGCCGACUACAACAGGCGCAUGGCCAGUGACUUCUUCGACAUGAACGGGGACCAGCGGAUCGGGGCCGAUUACAUGUCCCGGGUUGUCCAUGCCGGGCUGGAGCGCGUGCAGAUCCAGGGCGGCUACGACCCGGCGACGCUGGCCAUGGUGGAGAACGAGCUGAACACGGCCGCGAACAACUUCCGGGCCGCGGAGCACGAGAUCGCGGUGCGCCAGAACAACCCCUUUUCCCCCGGCGGCAGUAACGGCGGCGGCGCAGAGCUCGCUCCCGCCAACUAUAACAGCCCCCAACCGAGCAACCCUUUCAGCCCCAGCGCCUUCAACAUCGCGUCGCCGCCCAACAACGCCGCAUCGCCCGGUACCGUGGCCAACUACGCUCCGGUCGGGGCCGGGCCUUUCACCAACUGGACCCCCGGAAAUUUCGGAAGUCCGUUCCCUGCGCAACAGACGCCGCAACAGCUACAGCAAUCCCCGGGACAGCCCAACAACAGUAACGGCGGUAACCCUCCUGGUGGCAAUGCGUACUCUACAAUGAUCACCGCCCCGGGAGCAAACGGGAAUGGCACCAUGGUGAAUAUCAACGGGAGCUGGGUGUGGAUGACGCCGAUGGAUUCGCGCUUCCAUGGCCGCGGUUUUGGGAAUUAG